GCGGAUUUUCAGAAAACGGGGUCAGAGCUGCAGACCAUAAAGCAGUUAAAAUAAACCUGCAAAUGAAUAUAUACUGUAAUGUUCUAGAUUUGCAAAGAAGCCAGUAUCGCACAUUUCAAUAGGAUUUGUUUAUUUUUAAUUCGUUUCAACUUUCUCCUGUUGGUGUUUAACGGCCGUAUUUGUAGCUUUACAAAGAGAAGAGUGUCCAAAACGAACCUCUGGUUUCCCAGUGUGCAAGAAAGUGGUCAGCACAUUUUCCUAUAGUUGGAAGCAGCAGAAGGCCCUGAUAAGUGCACAGGAUAAACUGAGUCUGCCCCUCCACAAGCUCAUCACGGAAUCCCCGACAAGGUGGGGUUCUCACCUGCAGAUGAUGGAAAGAGUCCUGGAGCAGGAAAAGGCCAACCUACAAGUCCUGGCAGCAGACAAAAAAACACGGCACCUUGCACCCUCCUGACAAGACAUUGAGGUCUUUGAAUCUAUCACAGCAGCACUUAAGCCCCUCCAGGAGAGACAUACGUUCAAGACCACCUACAUGACCACUGAGAAGCUGGUGAAGGUGAGAGCUGCCUCCGAGACAGAAGCCCCCCUCGUAUGGGAACACAGCGGGAGACUUCUCUCUUGAAGAGGACUAGAGUAAGAGAGAGAAGGAAGAUGCCACUGCUCCACAAUCUGCAAAGAAGUCCAAGAUGAGUCUUGGGAGCUUCUUUAAGAAAAGCAGUAGUGCACCUGCCUUAAGAACCCAGAGACAGGUCACGGAGCGAUAGCUGGACAGCUACACUCUGAUGAUGGCAGCAGACAGUCAGGCUGAUCCUUUGGAGUGCUGGCGAGUUCAUGCUUCCCACAAUCACCAUGGCUGAGGAGCGGAGGCCGAAGCAGUGCACUGUGGUUCUGCCCACGGAGUCAAUGAAGGCCAUGGCAGAGUCCAUAGGAGUGGGGCAGCUACAGGAGGAGAGCUGUGCCGCCCUGAGCGAGGAGGUCAGCUACAGAAUAAAGGAGAUCGCCCAGGACGCGUUGAAGUUUAUGCACCAUGGAAAGAGAUGUAAACUGACGACCAGCGACAUAGAUCAUGCUCUUAAACUGAAGAAUGUAGAGCCUCUCUAUGGCUUCCAGUCGCAGGAAUUCAUUCCGUUCCGCUUCGCCAGUGGAGGAGGGAGAGAGCUUCACUUCUACGAGGAGAAGGAGGUAGACCUCAGUGACAUCAUCAACACACCCCUCCCUAGAGUCCCCCUUGACGUUUCGCUCAAAGCUCACUGGUUAAGUAUUGAAGGUGUCCAGCCUUCGAUACCAGAGAACCCACCCCCAGCCCCCAAAGAGCAGCAGAAGACUGAAUCUACAGAGCCUCUCAAAGCCGUCAAGCCUGGUCAGGAGGAGGAGGGCUCCGUCCAGAAGGGCCAGGGAGCUACAUCUGCAGAGGCUAAAGGAAAGAAGGAUGGUCUGAUGAGGAUGAAGCCCCGCAGUACUCACGAGCUCUCAGUGGAACAGCAGCUCUACUACAAGGAGAUCACGGAGGCCUGCGUCGGGUCCUGUGAGGCCAAGAGAGCUGAGGCCCUACAGAGUAUCGCCACAGACCCCGGGCUCUACCAGAUGCUUCCCAGAUUCAGCACUUUUAUUUCUGAAGGGGUCCGUGUGAACGUGGUGCAGAACAACCUGGCCCUGCUCAUCUACCUGAUGAGGAUGGUCAAGGCCCUCAUGGACAACCCCACUCUCUACCUAGAGAAAUAUCUGCAUGAGUUGAUCCCAGCGGUGGUGACGUGUAUAGUGAGUAAGCAGCUGUGUUUGCGGCCUGACGUGGACAACCACUGGGCUCUGAGGGACUUCGCUGCCCGUCUGAUGGCCCAGAGCUGUAAGACCUUCAGCACCACCACCAACAACAUCCAGUCGCGCAUCACUAAGACCUUCGCCAAGAGCUGGUUGGAUGACAAGACUCAGUGGACGACACGCUACGGCUGUAUCGCUGGACUGUCUGAACUAGGACCUGACGUGAUCAAGACGUUGAUCCUGCCCAGGCUCACUGUAGAAGGAGCUCGUAUCAAAGCUGUGUCUGAUGGACCUGUUGUCUCCAACAUUGAUAAGAUAGGAGCAGACCACGUCCAAAGCCUUCUACUGAAACACUGUGCCAGCGUCAUCGCUAAAGCUCGUCCCCUGCCUGACAACGUGGAGCAGUACCGGGCAGACUACGGUUACCUGGGGCCCAUGCUGUGUUCUCAUGUGGUCAAGGCCAGGGCCCAGGCAGCACUACAGGCCCAGCAGGUCAACAGAACCACACUCACCAUCACACAGCCUCGGCCCACCCUAACGGUGUUUCAGAGCGGAAUAGGAGGGUCAGGGGGGUCCCGUACCCCCAGCAUCAUCAAGGUACCCAGCUCCCUCACCCUCAUGUCCACCCGACCAGGCACCCCAACACAGCCAUCUCCCCCGGCAACCAAGUACAUCGUCAUGGCAACCAGCUCAGGAUCAUCUUCCACCCAGCAGGUGAUCACUCGGACUUCCUCCUCAGUGACCAGCACGGUCGCCAGCGCUACCUCCACGCUGCAGCCUCUGGUCAAGCUGGAGUCCGGAGGGUCCGGCGGCCUGGGGGGGUCGCGACCCCUCCAGAAGUACAUUGUGGUGUCCCUCCCCUCGUCCUCCUCUCUGGAAAGUAAGAGUGGGGUGCUCCCUCCCUCUUCUUCCGCCUCCCCCAUCUUGCUGGAAGCCAGGAUAAAGGUGGAUUGCUCAGACUCCCCCAGCGCCAGCACACAGUCCCCGCACUGAGACUCUGUGUGUGUCCCAAAUGGCAAACAAUUCCCUUUAUAGUGCACUACUGUUGACCAGGGCCCAUAGGGCUCUGGUCAAAAGUAGUGUCCUAUAUAAGGAAUAGGGUGCCAUUUGACACUGGCUUGUAAUUGGCUGAGUGGGGUGAGACAGCCAUCUGAUUGGCUGAUAACAGAGACUAGGUGCCUGGGAGCGAGGACUUUUGGUGCAGGUGUGGAAACUAGCUUCUGGAGUAGCAAAGGAAUUGUCAGAAAACGGGGGAUGUGGCAAGAAAAAGUAUGUGAAGCCUUUGGAAAUACCUGGAUUUCUGCAUAAAUUGGUCAUCAAAUUUGAUCUGAUCUUCAUCUAGGUCACAACAAUAGACAAACAUGUACUGCUUAAACUAACACACAAACAAUUAUGCGUUUUCAUGUAUUUAUUGAACACACCGUGUAAACAUUCACAGACCAGCAUGUAAAAAGUAUGUGAACUCUUGGAUUUAAUAACUGGUUGAACCUCCUUUGGCAACAAUAACCUCAACCAAAGAUUUUCUAUAGUUGCUGAUCAGACCAGCACAACGGUCAGGAGGAAUUUUGGACCAUUCCUCUUUACAAAACUGUUUCAGUUCAGCAAUAUUCUUGGGAUGUCUGGUGUGAACUGCUCUCUUGAGGUCAUGCCACAGCAUCUAAAUCAGGUUAAGGUCAGGACAAUGACUGGGCCACUGUUGAAGCCAUUCUGUUGUUGAUUUACUUGUGUGUUUUGGGUCGUUGUCCUGUUACAUCACCCAACUUCUGCAGAGCUUCAGUUGGCGCAUAGAUAAAGACAUUUUGCAGAAGAAUGUUAGGCUAAACUUGGGAAUUCAUUUUUCCGUCGAUGAUAGCAAGCUGUCCAGGCCCUGAGGCAGCAAAGCAGCUCCAAACCACGAUGCUCCCUCCACCAUACUUUACAGUUGGGAUAUGAGGUUUUUAUGUUGGUGUGCUUUGCCUUUAUUUCUCCAUACAUAGUGUUGUGUGUUCCUUCCAAACAACUAAACUGUAGUUUCAUCUGUCCACAGAAUAUUUUGCCAGUAGUGCUGUGGAACAUCCAGAUGCACUUUUGCAAACUUCAGAUGUGCAGCAAUGGUUUUUUUUGGACAGCAGUGGCUUCUUCUGUGGUGUCUUCCCCUGAACACUAUUCUUGUUUAGUGUUUUACGUUUCGUAGACUCGUCAACAGAGAUGUUCGUAUGUUCCAGAGAUUUCUGUAAGUCUUUAGCUGACACUAGGAUUCUUCUUGACCUCAUUGAGCAUUCUGCGCUGUGCUCUUGCAGUCAUCUUUGCAGGACGGCAAAUCCUAGGGAGAGUAGGCAUUUAUAAUGGUUCAACCAACAUUCUAAUUGAUUUCAUGUUCCUUUUUUACACCCUAUAAUAAAACUGAUGUUGUAAUGAU